UCGGCCCACUAGAUGCGGCCAAGACGAACAGUUGGCUACGAGGCACGUUGGCGGGCGGAACACAACGCGAUCGCAGCUGAUCGCCGGUCAUAGAAACGAGCGGGACGGCAGACGCGAGUCGGAGCGAGACGGCGAGCUUGGGAGCUGGGGAGCCCCAAGGGUGUGAGCGAGAGACAGCAUUGGCACGUAUAUAAUUGACUGUGGAAAAUAUCGCUCUGUUUUCCCACUCUGUUUUUGUUUGCCAGGCCAUAAAACUCAGUUUUUGUGUGGUGUGUUCUUGGAACUUGUGGCACACUGUGUCCCACUCAAGUGUCACCAUUGCGCGCGGGGUGAGGGGGAAAAGUUGAGGAAAAUUGGGAAAGCGUUCGGGAACGCCUUUUGGGAGCGGAUCAACUAUAAAUAGCAGAACAUAAAAGAGAGAGAAUACCGACAAAAAGAAGCCAAAAAUAAUUGAAGCGUGGGCAGCAUUCAAAGGACAGUCAAGCCAGGCUACAGUGAACAUGGAACAAACAAAACAAGUUGUAAGCUAAAAAAAACGCAAAUAAGAAUGAGAAAUGCAUAUAAAUACCAAAGAAAUAGUAAUAAAAUUAAAGUCAAAGACCUUUUAGCGAGUGUCACCUAUACAGACAUAGUUGAGAUAAACAAUAAAUUGGCCAAAGGCCAAAGCAGCAACCAAAAAACAAGAAGAAGCAGAAGAUCAGCCGUGAAUGAAGAAGAAGCAGCAGCAGAUAAAGGCAGAUCAAACAAGCGAACAACGGACAACCAACAGGUGGAAGGAAACAAAGACCCAAAAAGAUCAAAAACCCAUAGAGCAACCCCUGAUCUUUAAAUCCAAAUUAAAAAGGGUGCCACAGCUGAUGUGCCGCCAUGUCCCAAGAAGCUGCAGAAGACGAUGAGGCUCUGCAGGAGGAGGAGGAGGAGGAAGCGGAGCAGGAGGAUGAUCCGCUGGCCAAUUUGCUGAGCUUGAAGCUGAAGAAACCACCCCACUGGAACUGGGAGCUGAGCACCUCUCGCAGCUGCAGUAAUAUUGCUCUGCCCAGGAUCUUGUUAUACGAUCACACGGGCAAUCUGCUGGUGGAUGCCGAUGGCCAGAAGGAGGAGAUCUACACAUCCAGGGAUUCGCAGACGCGUCGCAAGCGCUCGGCCACCGCAAAUUUGGAGCGCAAUUUCCAUGGCCUUCGAAUAGCAGAGGCCACGCCCACUCCCACGCCCACCGUAACGCCCAGCGAGGCCACGCCCAGUUCGAGUCGGGAAAGUGGGCGGCGAAAAACGCAUGGCAGCUGCAUUGACUUCAGCACCCACGAACUGCCCAACUGGGAGCCAUCGGUGAGUUCGCGGCGCUCCAGUUCGCUGCGUGGAGUUCGCUUCCAGGAGACGGAAGACCUGCCCGUUUAUCCCACGCCCCCCUCCACAUCCACACUGAAUUCGUCGAGCUCGGGACCCAGGGAGAAGCGACGCUACCGCCGCUCGCAAAGCUCCAUCCUGGAGAGAUUCAGUCUCUCGAAGGGCCGCCACUCAUCGCCGGAGUUCGCCCAGGAGGAGGAUGUGGUCAAUGCGCCGCGUUACUACCUGCGAACCAGCAAGGCGGGAACCCUGGUGAUUCGCGAGGAGAGCUUCAGUUCCCAGAAGAUGAGACAUCGCCGCCGUCGUCCGCCGAAGCACUCCUCCAGUGAGAAUAUCCUGCAGGAGCAGGAGAAGGAACCGCCAGCCACCAGUGUCGUGCAGGCCACGACUCGCAGGAGAGCGCAGGAAAGGACACUCUCUACGUCGGAGGAGGAUGUGCGGAAUGCGGCGCAGGAGACACGAAGAUCCAGGGGCAGGCCCAGGAACACAAGCCAACGCAGCUGCGGCAAGGAUGCGGCUCAGGAGCUCAUCACCGUGGAUCCCGAUAAUUGUGUAUAUCGAGCAGCGCCGGGCGCCACCGCACGAUAGAAGAAGAGAAGCUACAAGACCCCUCCGAAACCAAUGAAAGCCACCCAAGACGACGGGAUUUGGUCUAGAAAACUGGACAAAAUGCCUGGAAAUGCAGGCAGUUCGAGAACAGAUAACCCUAGAGUUCCUCCAUGUGAUGUAAGACGAUUAAACAUAUGAAAAUAAAACCAAUGCCUAAAACUCA